AUGGAGCCGUCUUCCCUCUAUACCCUUUCCCCACGCGAAGCCAUCGUGGACGCCUUGUCCCGGGCCCUGGUUGGGUGCGAUAACCAUGACGCGGAGCUCUUCAACUCCGCCUGGGCUGGAGAAGACGUUUCCUUCACAAUUAACGGCGCUGACAAGAAAGUCCUACCCAGCCUCACCAUCAUCCGUACGCAUGUACUCGACAAGGUUGGUCCUAUGGAUACCACGCACAGCAUCAGCAACAUUCGCGUGGUUGCUAAGGACGGCGCUGACAAUGCUUUUGUCACGGCGACUUCAAUGGCGCAGCAUUGUCCUCCUGGGAGGGGCAAGGAACCAGACGGACCAAAAUUCAUGGUCAGCGGCGAGUAUUCCGCGGAUGUUAUCAAGGUUAAUGGGAUAUGGAAACUGAAACAUUGCGCAUUGAGAGUCGUUUGGACUCAGGGAGAUCCUUCCGUGAUGGAGGACCGUGGUUAA